UUUCCGGGGUGGAGCCAGGGAGGGCGGGAGUUUAGGCUGCGCCGACCCCUCAGCCCCCCUCCAGGAGACGUUCGGAGCCCAGGACAUGUCGGGAUUGAGGAGAUACGAGGUGGCGCUGGAGGCGGAGGAGGAGAUCUACUGGGGCUGUUUCUACUUUUUCCCCUGGCUGCGCAUGUGGCGGAGGGAGCGGAGCUCGGCGCACCCCGGGGAGCAGAAGCUGGAGUCUCUGCGGGGCCUGAUGAGCUGUCUGUCGAGCGGCCUGGGCCCUGCUCCCCAGCGCUCGGGUCGUAGCCUCCCUAGCCGCACCCCCACCGCCGCUGCCCAGCCAGCUGGUGCAUUAAAGAUUUAAGCUGAA